AUGGCUUUUGAAAGACGACUUCCAAGAUGGGUUACAGCAAUUUUAGGCAUUGCUCAACUAGCUCUAACGGCAGCCAUUAUUGGUCUAGAAUUCGGAUCGUUCUACUAUGAUGUUGCACAUGGUACCAUUUGGAUUGGUUUCUGGGCCGGUUUAGUCUUUAUAAAAACAUCUUUAAUGAUGCUCUGCAUGAUGUGCUGCUGUCGAGGCCGAUGUUUUGCUACUUAUAUUCUAAUAUGCAAUAUAUUCAGUGCAGCAUUGGCUUGUGUAAUCAUUUAUUUCGAUGCAUACUUUAUAAACAACCUUUGCAAAUGUUAUUUAGGUGAAAGCUUAUGCUGCGCCUUACACGAUCUGAGUACUCUUACUUCGGGCUAUGGGAGUAUUGUGAGUCGAUGUUUAAAAAUUACUAUGACUGGAAUACAGUCAGUGCCUGAUUCGUGUCCAAGUUCCCCACCAACGAGCAAACUGGUAUAUCUUAAAGCACAACUUGGUUGUGCCGUGGGUAUGCUAGUGGUUUGCGGCAUUAACGUGCUUGUCUAUAUAUUUGCCUGUUUUGGUAUUUGUUUUGGUCAUGGCUAA